AUGGCGCUAGUCCCCGCGAAUUCGCUUCAUAGACAUGACGAAGCAAGCGAGCCAGCGCGAGCUGAUACUCGAAAGCUUUCCAACACUAUGGCUAUUAACGACGGCGGUCAAUUGUCGCUAUCAUCUCGUGCGCAAAGACCUGACCCAGGACAGCCUCGUAGUCCUCCGGUAGAAAUAUGGGAGCGUAUUGUUGAUGAACUGGCAGAGGGGUACCGUUACAGAGAAUAUGCCUUAUGGGAUUACGGACGUGUAUGCCGCGCAUGGUUCCUUCGAUGCCGCUUCCAUGCCCAACGAGGUCUCGCGCUCAGCAAUAGGAGGCAGGUGCACAGUUUUGCAAGGAUGACAGAAGUGGACCCGUGUCGCAGGGAGGCUGUGAGAAUGGUGCGUAUUGACGACCACAUCGACAUCCUAGGGCCAUUCUCCGCGACGAUGGCUCAAAAGCUGCCUCGAGUGGAGAUGCUUACGCUCCGAGGCGGGAGGUGGAAGCUGGGGCAGAUGCACUGUCAGAUAUUCCUGCAAGUGAGCGCAGCAUUCCAAUCAAUCACUGUUCUCGUGCUGUAUGAAACUGGCUUCCCGUCUGUGGCCAUAUUUGGCCGGCUCGUUGCUGCACUUCCUCACCUCACCAACCUCAUAUGUUGGGAUCUGAAGUUCAAAUCGUCCACAUUCACCCUUGGUUGUGUCCAUCUGCCAAAGUCACUAGCUCUCUCACGCCUUGAACUGCAGGGUAGCAGUGAAGUUAUUGAAUUUCUUACCACGACAUCGAUAUGUGCCACUCUACGGUGCAUUGCCCUGAAGGACUGCAACGAGGUACUCGGUCCUGUCUAUCAAAGAUUAGUAGAUCUGGCUAGAACAUCGCUCUCGUCCGUUGACAUUCGUCCAAGUCCUCAUUCUGGAGAUUGGCAAGAUAUUCCAUUGGACCUCAGCAUCGUCGAGAAUUUAGAAAUGAUAUCUUUACAUCUCAGUUUUCAUCAAUUAAGCCAACAGUCAAGUACACCAGCUGCCAUUUUGUCGCGGGUAUCUCCUGCGAAGCUUCGUGAGGUCAAGAUCACUACGUACAGCUUCGACCUCGACGAAUGCUUGCUGGAGGGCCUGUUCGGCGCUUUUGAUGAAUCUCGCGCACAGGUAGACCAGAUUCUAUCUGGGCCCCGAUAUACCGCCCUCACCGCGGUCACUUUUGAGCUCCUGGCGUGCAUCCAUCUUGCAGACAUCAGAAAGGUGCCCACUGCUAAAGAAUGGCGAGCGCAUCUCAUAUCUGCGUUUCCGGAAUUACAUGCAAAGCAGCUUCUCCGGACACCUGUGAUGGUUAGAAUCCGCGAGAUGGUGUGA